CUCUGGGAGGCGGCCAAUGAGUGCUCUCGGAGAGAGCAGCGAGGCCAAUAUGGCUUCCCGCACCUGGUGACGGUUGAAGAAACUGUGUUAAGUCUCAUGGAGAAGCCCCGGGGCGUCGAGGAGACUUCAGAACCAAUGGAGGAGGAAGAGGAGGACGAUGAUUUGGAGCUCUUUGGUGGCUACGACAGUUUCCGGAGUUAUAACAGCAGUGUGGGCAGUGAGAGCAGCUCCUAUCUCGAGGAGUCAAGUGAAGCAGAAAAUGAGGAUCGGGAAGCGGGGGAGCUGCCCACCUCCCCCUUGCAUUUGCUUAGCCCUGGGACUCCCCGCUCCUUGGAUGGCAGUGGUUCUGAGCCAGCUGUCUGUGAGAUGUGUGGUAUCGUGGGUACAAGGGAAGCCUUCUUCUCCAAGACCAAGAGAUUCUGCAGCGUCUCCUGUUCUAGGAGCUACUCCUCCAACUCCAAGAAAGCCAGUAUCUUGGCUAGAUUACAGGGAAAACCACCUACCAAGAAGGCCAAAGUCCUGCACAAAGCUGCCUGGUCUGCCAAAAUUGGAGCCUUCCUCCAUUCCCAAGGGACAGGACAACUCGCAGAUGGGACACCAACAGGGCAGGACGCGCUGGUCUUGGGUUUCGACUGGGGCAAGUUCCUGAAGGAUCACAGUUACAAGGCUGCUCCUGUCAGCUGCUUUAAACACGUCCCACUCUAUGACCAGUGGGAGGAUGUGAUGAAGGGGAUGAAGGUGGAGGUGCUCAACAGCGAUGCUGUGCUCCCCAGCCGCGUGUACUGGAUCGCCUCGGUCAUCCAGGCGGCAGGGUACCGGGUGCUGCUCCGGUAUGAAGGCUUCGAAAAUGACGCCAGCCACGACUUCUGGUGCAACCUGGGGACUGUGGAUGUCCACCCCAUCGGCUGGUGCGCCAUCAACAGCAAGAUCCUGGUGCCCCCGCGGAGUGAGUGGAUGAGAACGUUCCCUGUCCUGGUUCCUGCGGGGCCCUUGGGAGCAGUUGGACCAGAACAGAGCCCACCUGCCUCCUUGCUUCCUGUCCUGCCUUGUCCCAGAGGCCCCCUGGCAGCCAUCCAUGCCAAGUUCACCGAUUGGAAGGGCUACCUCAUGAAACGGUUGGUGGGCUCCAGGACGCUUCCCGUGGACUUCCAUAUCAAGAUGGUGGAGAGCAUGAAGUACCCCUUUCGUCAGGGCAUGCGGCUGGAGGUGGUGGACAAGUCCCAGGUGUCACGGACCCGCAUGGCCGUGGUGGACACGGUGAUCGGGGGUCGCCUGCGGCUCCUCUACGAGGAUGGCGACAGCGAUGAUGACUUCUGGUGCCACAUGUGGAGCCCCCUGAUCCACCCAGUGGGUUGGUCCAGGCGUGUCGGCCAUGGCAUCAAGCUGUCAGAGAGGCGCAGCGACAUGGCCCACCAUCCCACUUUCCGGAAGAUCUACUGUGAUGCUGUUCCUUAUCUGUUCAAGAAGGUUCGAGCUGUCUACACGGAAGGCGGUUGGUUUGAGGAAGGGAUGAAACUGGAAGCCAUUGACCCCCUGAAUCUGGGCAACAUCUGCGUGGCAACCAUCUGCAAGGUCCUCCUGGACGGCUACCUGAUGAUCUGUGUGGACGGGGGGCCCUCCACAGAUGGCUCAGACUGGUUCUGUUAUCAUGCCUCUUCCCACGCCAUCUUCCCAGCCACCUUCUGCCAGAAGAAUGACAUUGAGCUCACACCCCCAAAAGGGUAUGAGGCUCACACUUUCAACUGGGAGACCUACUUGGAGAAGACCAAGGCGAAAGCAGCUCCAUCAAGACUCUUUAACAUGGACUGCCCCAACCAUGGUUUCAAGGUGGGCAUGAAGCUGGAGGCCGUGGACCUCAUGGAGCCCCGGCUCAUCUGUGUGGCCACGGUGAAGCGGGUGGUGCACCGCCUCCUCAGCAUCCACUUCGAUGGCUGGGACAGCGAGUACGACCAGUGGGUGGACUGCGAGUCCCCGGACAUCUACCCCGUCGGCUGGUGCGAGCUCACCGGCUACCAGCUGCAGCCGCCCGUCGCCACAGAGCCCACCACGCCUCUGAAAGCCAAAGAGGCCACAAAGAAGAAAAAGAAACAGUUUGGGAAGAAAAGAAAAAGAAUACCACCAACCAAGACCCGGCCCCUCAGACAGGGGUCCAAGAAGCCCCUGCUGGAGGACGACCUGCAGGCAGCAGAGAAGAUCUCGUCGGAGCCCGUUCCUGAUGAGAUCAUUACCGUGCGGGUAAAGGAAGAGCAUCUCGACGUGGCUACGCCUGACAAGGCCGCGAGUCCAGAGCUGCCCGUUCCCAUCGAGAACAUCAAACAGGAGACAGAUGACUGAGACUUCCUCGCUGCCCGCCCGGCCGCCCAGCUGGCAGCCAGCCCAGGGUGCCGCGACUGCCAGCACCCCUCCACCCCACUUGACUCUGGAGACUGAGCCUUUCUGCGUGGACGCCGCCGCCUGGUGCUGAGGGCGCUGGGCAGCGAACGAACACCCAGGGUCUCCCAGACCCGCCCUGUCGCCUCUGCCCCGUCCUGGGCACGGCUGGCGCGACUAGGGCUGCUGAGACCCGCAGACUCCCCUGUGAGCAGCUCCCUCUCCAGCUGGAGUUACCGAAGUUCUUACCAGCCUCCAUCCACACCCAGCACGUCCCUCAGCUGCCAGGGGUGAGGGGCCGCACACUGGAGGACAAGGUGGUUGGUGGGGGGAUGAGCUCAGCGUGCGUGUGUGUGUGUGUGUGUGUGUGUACGAGCACACACAUCCCCUGAGAGGGAGGCUGCCACCAGCAUUGGACUUAACCUGCUCUGGAGCCCAGCGGGGCUAGGACCUGUCCUUUUCAUUCCCCUGUUAACCAGGGACGGGUCUGGCCUUGCUGGAAAGUCACAGGGCCGCGAUAGAGUGGGGCGGUCAGCCCUGCUGGCUGAGGUGGACCUGGAGGAGCUCCUGGAGGAAGGGACACUCUUCCUGGCUCGUUUUCCUCACUGUUCAUGUCCUUAACUCCGUAACAUGUUUUGAAUCCCCUUCUCUCUAGAGUACCUUCUAGAAGUUCAUCUAGCAUCUGCCCAAAUUUCAGCUUUUUUUUUUUUCCCAGUUAGUCUCCUUUGAAACUGUCUCCUCCCUCUGAUCCAUCCUCUCUUCAAGAGACCCUCUUCCUGGAACCUAAGGUGAUGGCAGGCGCUGUCCUCAGCCCUCUUCUUUCCUUCUACAUGUUUGGGUAGAGACAGCACGGCAGGGUGGGUCCCUGUGUCGCCCCUUUAAGGGCUGCAGCUGUGCCGGGUGGGAAUCCGGCUCCCUGGACUGUCGGGUGCUUGCCAGAUGGGGUGCUGACCAUGGACGUGCUCAGGACCCAGCUGGUGGGUGUCAUCCCAGAGAUGGGGUGACCAGCCCAAGGGGAGCUGACUUCCUGUCAGUUCAAAGAGAACUUGAUCCUUUCUCCCUUUCUAAAGGCCCUCUGCAGGCCCACACGGUAUAGAAACCAGGCCCAGAAAGCACCCUCUUGCAGCCUGAAUUCCCCAAAACAUGACUAGAUGUGGAACACAGUGACGACCAAGGACGGGGCAGGUCCCAGGACAGAGGGGCCGUACCUGACCCCACCCCCAUCUCACACACACCAGACUUGAGUGGUGACGGGUCAGUCAGUGGCAUCAGCCCCCAGGGGAGGAAGGUGGCAUGUGUGUGCACUUCAGCUCUGCCUUUGUUGAGGGUAAACUGCGCAGCUGAGAAUAGUUCAUCAUCCCCGAUGCCCUUGCCGUUAUGGAUCCAGUUCUGACUGAAGAGCUUCUAGGACAACAGGACUUGCAUGGCAUUUUGGCCUUCAGCUGCUUUCUUCCUGAAUGGAGAAGUGAAGCCUACAGGUGCCGUGAGCACGACAGGCAGAGCUGGAGGGCAAGAUUAGCUGCCGUUCCGGCCCUGGACUGGCCUCGCAUACUUAACUUGCAUGAGACAAUUGAAUCCCUUUCUUGCUGAA